CGACAUGGCUCAUCCCCAUACUGUAGCUGCAGCUGGUGAUGACACUGGCAAGACCGUCCAUUGCGACCCACCAUGCUGCUGGCCAUAUUGGCAAGUGUAUGAUGGGGGUUUUGAAGGGACAACAGUGUUCGAUAUGUGAGAGUGCGAUUAAGACAGAGAUGCUAACCCUGGAGCAGAUGUAUACUCAAAGUCUGGAAUUCGAUCCUGAUGACCCGUCUUUGAUUUACGCAAAUAAGCAGUUGUGGAGUGUGGUCCACGUGGCCCAAAAUCUUUUUGAGUCUCAUUUUGUGGAAACUCAAAGUUUGCACUCAAAAAGCCUGAAGGGUGAUGCCAUUAGUUUCCUGACAACAAAUUUGAAUUACACCUGGCUUCAUUUCCCAGAUCAUGCUUCAGAUCCUCUUACACAGGCAGCUUUUCAAACUGAAAAUGGCGAUCCAAUUCUUCCUAGUUUGGGUAAUACUGUUGUGGAAGAAUUAGGUUGA